UACAACUUAGGUCUCAAUCUAUAAUACAAAGACAUCAUGGUGUUGUGGAUAUUUGUCGUUUUACUAACACUACCUUUCCAUUCUACAUCGACAAGUGUGCUAGGCAAUGAUGACGUCAAUCACAAGUUUACAGUCGUUACAGAGCAGUUUGAACGUUUGUACCAGGAAUUACAGACCGUAAAACAGAAGCUAGAUACGACUAUUGAAGAAAAUCAAUUAUCUAAAGAGAGGACAGAUGUUCAAUCAAAAGACAUCAAAUCCCUAAAAAGGAAAAUGCAGGAAGUUUUAGAGACAAAUACACAUUUAACAGAAAGGAUAGAUACCGUAUCUGAGGAAAACAGAGAUAUGAAGAACAUUCUUAACACGUUGUUGGAAAAUAGAGAAGCCGAUGUACACGUACCGAAUGGUAACGGACAAAACGAAAAGGAAAUAGUAACAUUUUCGUCUGUAAAUGUACCCGUAUUGUUAAGAGGGGACGAGAAGGUUAGGCACAAAAAGAUACAGGCUGGUAACAUAUUGUCUACUAAAUAUAUGAAAGAGAAAAGACUACUUCUGAAUAUAACGACUGAUUCUCCUGCGGUAUCUAGGGUUGCUUUCUCUGCAAAAUUAACUGGAGGGAAUGUCCAACUUGGUCAUCAUCAAACUGUCGGAUAUAAUACAGUGGACACUAAUAUUGGAAAUGCUUAUGAUGCUAACCAUAACAAUUUUAUCGUCCCGGAAAAGGGUGUUUAUCUCUUGUCAUUCACUGGAAUGAACGUUGAUGGUCAAAAUGUAUACCUAGAAAUGAUGAAAAAUGGAAAGGAGAUUGCAAUUGUAUAUUGUAGUCCUAAGGCCAAUAGUAUGGGUAGCCAAACAAUAGUAGAAGUUCUUGAGAAAGGUGAUAUCGUGUGGGUUAGGCACGUACACAGCGGAGCUGUUCAAAUCAAUGGAAAUGAUCCAUAUAACACCUUUACAGGGGUACUGUUGUUUUCAAUAUGA